AUGGCGUAUAUAACAACGCUGGCUCUUUGGACACUCUCGGCGGUCGCAUUCUCGCCCAUAAAUAAUCAAUAUGAACGAUCGGAUCUUGCAAAUGUGGUAGACCGGGCGCUUCCAGACUCUCCGAGUGGAGGCUACGCUCCAGCAGUCGUCGAUUGCCCAAAAACACUUCCCUCAAUCCGCUUGGCGAAUGGCCUCUCAAGCAACGAAUCAUCGUGGCUCAAUCGCCGACGCAAUAAUACAAUUGAGCCCUUGCGCACUGUCUUAGAGCGCGCCAACCUCAGCGACUUUGACGUUGGAUCUUUCCUGGACUCGAAUAAGAACAAUGCUACCGGCCUCCCGGACAUUGGGAUCGCUAUUUCGGGAGGCGGGUAUCGAGCUCUGAUGAAUGGCGCAGGGUUUCUCUCGGCUGCAGAUUCCCGCAACCGUGACAAUGGCGGCAAUGGAUCAAUUAGUGGCUUGCUUCAGGCCUCAACCUAUCUCGCCGGUCUCUCCGGAGGCGGCUGGCUCGUUGGAUCCAUGUUUGCCAACAACUUCUCUACUGUACCCGACAUGCAAGACGGCGAGAAUGGCACCGCUUUAUGGCGAUUCAAUAGCUCAAUCUUCAGGGGCCCAGAGGAGAAAGGCAUCGGUCUACUCAAUUCUGUGCAGUACUGGACUGAAAUAGUCGAUGACGUUCAUGCAAAGGAAGACGGUUGGAAUACAACCCUGACAGAUUAUUGGGGCCGCGCUCUCUCAUACCAACUCAUUGGCGCAGCAGAAGGCGGCCCUGGAUACACCUUUUCCUCCAUUGCGGAUCAAGAAUUCUUCCAGAAUGCUUCGGCGCCUUUCCCCAUCCUGGUCUCAGAUGAACGACCGCCGGGAGAGAAGAUUGUAGCUAUCAAUACGACCAUUUAUGAGUUUAACCCGUUUGAACUCGGAUCUUGGGAUCCAACUACUUACGGAUUCGCGCCUCUACGCUACAUCGCUUCUAACUUUACUAAUGGAACAAUUUCGAAGGACGGGAAGUGCGUUCGUGGAUUCGAUCAGCUGGGAUUCGUCAUAGGUACCUCUUCCUCGCUCUUUAAUCAAGCGCUACUAUACAACAUUACGGCAACUGGCAACGCACUCGGACUGCCACCUGUUAUCACAAACGCCAUAGAGAAGAUAUUGCAAAACCUUGACCAGGAAGAAGAUGAUAUUGCCCAAUAUACACCCAACCCAUUUUUAGGCUGGGAUCCUACCAACAAGAGCAUCAACGCAAACGACAAUCAGCUCUCGCUCGUGGAUGGGGGUGAAGACCUCGAAAACAUUCCUCUGCAGCCGUUGAUCCAGCCAUUCCGAGAUGUAGACAUUAUCUUUGCCAUUGAUUCUUCUGCCGAUACAUCAACCUACUGGCCUAACGGCACAGCCCUUCGUGCGACAUACGAUCGUGCCGGUACAAAUAUUUCUAAUCAUACACUCUUCCCGCCUGUACCCUCCGCGAAUACAUUCUUGAACCUGAAUUUGAGUCGAAAUCCGACUCUCUUCGGAUGUGAUCCCAGCAAUUUUACUCUGUCCGGUAAUGUAACUGUCCCACCUCUCAUUUUCUACAUUCCCAACGCUCCUUAUUCAACGCUCAGCAAUGUGUCCACCUUUGACCCUGCCUAUCCCACCAAUCAAAGCGAUGCCAUCAUUCGAAACGGCCUCAACGCAGCGACCCAAGGAAACGGGACCGUUGAUAAAGAAUGGUCUACCUGCGUAGCCUGCGCCAUCAUGAGCCGGAGCUGGUGGAAGGCAGGAAUCGCGACACCUGCUUCCUGCAAGUCGUGCUUUGAUCGGUAUUGUUGGAAUGGCACGACGGAUGAUGCGAGUGUGGGGAACUAUACACCCUCUUUUAUUGUUGGGGAGGACUUUAAAAUGACGAACGGCACUCAAAAUGAGGGUAAUGCUGGAGUGAGGGAGGAAAUAGGCAGCACUUGGGCGCUGAUUUUGGGGCUUUCUAUUCUCUUUUUAAUUUGA